AUGGCAACUUUUGCAUAUACAGAGGGUGAUAUUAGUCGCAUUACAUCAGCUCUCAGGGGGGCCAGGGAAUUUCUAACUAAUGACAGUGAGCGAGGGAUAGCCCAUAAACUUGAGAGGGAAUUAAAAAAGAAAAUCAGUUGGGAAUUACAUAUAAGUACUUUAGGAGAGUAUCUGAGACAAAAGAGAAUUCCUAGGGGCUUGAGGGUUAGGUUACACCCUACACUAUGUAGAGAUAAUGUUGAACACCGUACAGUAUGGUACAAGAUAUUAAACAAAUGUUCGGUAGACCUUAUGGUAUUAACCAUUGAAUCGCUACAGAAGGAACUAAUUAAACUUGUAAAAGAGAUAGCAGCAGCUGAACAAGAAUUAGCAGCAGUUACAUCCUCCACUGACUUAGAAACUCUUAAAAAACAGAUAGAAGAUAAACUCAAGGAAUACCAGAGAGAAACUGAGGAAUUUAAAAAGAAAAAAUUCCAUAGGGACGAAUUGGAUUAUCAGAGGGAUCAAGUAUAUACCUGGUAUACCAGAACAGACAACCGCUCAUACAGACCAAACAGAGAUACAAACGUACAGAGAUGGCGCUCGGAUACAGAGGGUAUUACAUCCUCCUCCUCAGCCUCCUCAUCCUCAGGAAUGACUUUUUUAGAGAGAGGCACACGACACGAAGAAACAUCAGGAGGGGGGGUCAUCACAAGAGGCACACGGGAGAGAAAACAAGGCCGUCCGCCCCAAUCGAGACGCAAUCUCUGAUACAUAACAUUUCAGGUAGGCCCCUAACCCCUACGGAGGAGGGGACCCUAAAUAAGGGACUCUCCUUUAUUCCCACACCUCAUGUAGAGUGGCAUCAAUAUGAUGUCAGUUUAUAUAAGUUUUUUCGCCAACUUAAAUUACGUGCAUUUUUUUCAACAGAUCAACACAAUGACGGUAUGACAUCAGGAUCUAUUGACAGUAAUACUCAGAUUAUACAGGAACCCCUACGUGAGGAAGGAGAUGUGGAAGAUAUGGGGCAUAAUGGCACCGACCUAUAUGCGGUCCUUCCCUUAGAUACAGGUUUGAAACCUAAAAGUACCUUCACACCACAUAAUGUCAAUGCAUCGAUAGAUUUAUUUACUAAUCUUGUGAAGAAAGAUGUAUAUAAGCUCAGGAAGAAACAUCAGGGUACACAUAGCUGUCAAAGACAUAAUGUUAAUUUUACUAAACAAGACUGGCUUAACAUCAAUAAUUUAAAGAGAGAUACUUCUAUCAUUAUUAAACCGGCAGACAAGGGGGGAGCAUUGGUGAUCAUGGAUCGCACAUAUUACAUAAAGGAAAUUGAGACUCAACUUACAGAUAAUACCAAUUACUUGCCUAUAGGUCAGGAUCCUACCCAUACUUUGAAACAUACACUAGAUAGGCUUAAUAAAUGGGCCCUUUCCAAAGGGAUCAUCUCUGAUGGGGAAUAUAAAUAUAUGAAUCUUAAAUACCCUAGAAUCCCAGUGUUCUAUACACUUCCAAAGAUUCAUAAGAAUCCCCUCUUUCCUCCAGGUAGACCAAUAGUCAGUGGAACUGGGUCUAUAUUUCAACAUCCGGCAGAGAUACUCGAUAAAUUUCUGAUUAAAUAUGUUUCGCUACAGAAAUCCUACCUUAAGGACACUACUACAUUCCUCACACUAUUAGCAGACAUACAGGUUCCACCAGGUGACUUUUGGCUGGUGACCAUGGACGUUCAGUCUUUAUAUACUUCUAUUGAUCACGAGAGAGGGAUUGAGGCAGUUGAGUGGACACUGGAUAAAGAUCCUAGAUUAACCCAGCAAAGGGAUACUAGAACAUACAUUAGGGAAUUACUGACUUUCAUCCUAACAGAAAAUUAUUUCCUAUUUGGGGACAGAUACUACAAACAAAUCAAAGGUACAGCCAUGGGCUCGAAUGUCGCUCCAACAUAUGCAAACAUUUAUAUGAAUCGAAUGGAAGAAACUUGUAUUUAUCAGCAUCCUUUAUUCGUCAAAUGCUUAGUUUGGAAAAGAUAUAUUGAUGAUGUGUUUGUCUGUUGGAGCGGCACAAGGGCCCAAUUGCAGGACUUUUUUGAGUCAUUAAAUACACAAGAUGUCAAUAUUAAAUUCACUAUGUAUUGUGACAUGAUUACGGUUCCUUCUCUAGAUGUACAAGUACAGAGAGUACAGAAUUGUCUUCAUAGUGACUUAUAUAUAAAACCUACUGACCGAAAUAACUUAUUGACGUAUGCUAGUUUCCACCCAACUCACCUCAAGAAUGGUUUACCGUUUAGCCAACUGUUAAGAGUAAAGAGGAUAGUAUCACAGGAAGACAAAGUGAUGACAGGUUUAGACUUUAUGGCUAAAAAAUUUUUAGAGAGGGGCUAUCCCACACAUAUAGUAGAUAAUCAGCGACAGAAAGUUGAAACCCUGUCCCGUCAGGAAACUCUCUCAGGUAUAGGAGCAAAAAACAAAAUAGAAAGGCUUACAUUAGUGACACCUUAUACUCCACUUAAUAGGGAUAUAAGACGAGUCAUAUUGAAACAUUGGCAAUUAUUUCAGGGAGAUGCCCAAUUACCUUCGAUAUUCCAGCAUCCUCCGCUUUUUUCAUAUCAGAGAGCUUCGAACCUGAGAGAUGUUGUAGUGAGGUCAGACAUUGGCAGUUUUAAAAAACAAACCAGAUUCUUUUCAGAACCCAAGAAGGGUACUUUUCCAUGUCUAAAUUGCUCACACUGUAAUAGCGUGAUCAAGGGGGAAUAUUUUGUUCACCCUCGGUCAGGAAAAAAAAUUUUCGUUAAGGAUUUUUAUACGUGCAACUCGGACUUUGUCGUGUAUGCCCUGAAGUGUCCCUGUGGGCUUUUAUACGUGGGGGAGACCAUCCGGCCAGUGAAAGAACGGAUAGGGGAACACAAAAGGAGCAUUAGGGCAGCAUUUCAACAUAAUAAAGUGGAAGCUCCAGUACCAAGGCACUUUAAGUUGCAUGGCCAUAAUGUAAACCAAUUGAGGUUUCAAGUCAUAGACAGAAUCCCACCACUACGCAGGG